AUGCAUUUUGUGGAGUUUGAUUCAACUUUCCGUCCAAUAUUUCAAGUGGAAAGGGGAGAAUUUGAAUGGCUAGGACUUGUUGCAUACACCAGAAUACUGAAGAGGAAGCAAUCACGGCAUAAGAAAUUGUUGUCCUUGUUGAAGGCUAAGCUGAUAGCACAUGAAGCAAAAACCACUUCAUCUGCCAUGAAGUAUGCAGUAGAUGAUUCACAUUCGUCUGUGUUCUGGAAAAUCAGAUAUUAG